AUGCGGGGGGCCCCCCUGGGUAUGCGUGUAUUUCUUCUUAUAGAGAUAAAAACUUUUGUUAUUCUGUUGUUAAUAAUGUACAGGCAGCUCAUAACAACCCCCCGGGUGUACAUACACCAGAAGAAAGCUGGGGUGUACAGGCAGCUCAAGAAAGUCCGGGUGUACAUACACCAGAAGAAAGCUGGGGUGUACAGGGAGCUGAAGAAAGCUGGGGUGUACAGGCAGCUGAAAAUAUUUGUGGUGUACAUACACCUGAACCAAGCCCGAGCUGGGGUGUACAGGGAGGUGGUGUGUAUUGGGGUGUACAUACACCAGAAAAAAGCUGGGGUGUACAGGCAGCUGAAGAAAGCUGGGGUGUACAUACACCAGAAGAAAGCUGGGGUGUACAUACACCACAACAAAGCUGGGGUGUACAGGCAGCUGAUGGGUAUUGUGGUGUACAUACACCAGAAGAAAGCUGGGGUGUACAGGCAGGUAAAGAAAGCUGGGGUGUACAUACACCAGAAGAAAGCUGGGGUGUACAGGCAGCUCAUAACAACCCCCCGGGUGUACAUACACCAGAAGAAAGCUGGGGUGUACAGGCAGGUGAACAAAGCCCGGGUGUACAUACACCAGAAGAAAGCUGGGGUGUACAUACACCAGAAGAAAGCUGGGGUGUACAUGCAGGUAAAGAAAGCUGGGGUGUACAUACACCAGAAGAAAGCUGGGGUGUACAGGGAGGUGAAGAAAGCUGGGGUGUACAGGCAGGUGAUGGUUAUUACUGUUGGCACCGAAACCCGUCUAGCAGAUAUCCAAAAAGAGCAAAUUGCGGCGCCAGACCCAAAUGUAGAGUCAUGA